AUGUAUCUGGGCGGAAAUCUGCACCACUUUUCACAACGCAUCAUUGAACUCCUCGAGGGUAGAAGUCAUGGUCUAUUGAACGCUACUUUAUACAAAAGGGUAAAACUUGAACACAGCCAGGUGACAAAAAAUCCUAUGCAGUUUCCGGUACAAGUUCUAGAGCCUUGCAAAACAGGUGAGAUUGUUUAUCACUCUGCGGAGACGCAAGUCCCUUUUGUGCUCCUCACUGCCUCUUGUUUUGAGUUCCCAUAUCGUAGUGUGUUGAUUGAACUUGCUCGAUUUCGAUGGAAAGCUGACGAUCCGGAAAUCGUCUCCGAUGUGCUAUUUGCCAUUGCAAAUGUCCUCAGUUUUGCCCGAACCACCUACCUGAUGCCAGCUUUUGAGGCUCUGGGUCCCUUGCAAAUUUCCUUCACCCGGAUGCUUACAGACAUUGUCCGGUUCAUGGUACUAUACAUUCUGGUAAGGAGUGUUUUUCACCUAGACCAUUCUCUGUUACGUAGUUCAAUCAAGUCAGAAAGAAAACACUCAUGCGUCAUAUUUGCAUUCAUGGUGGGUCUGCACAAUCUCUACUGGUACUACGGUCUUCAACUCAUAUCGCCACCACCAAAUACCACUGGAAAACCUCAACCUGCGACAGAGGCUUUUGAAGGGUUAAGGCACACACUUUACAGUCUGUUUUGGGCAAUGUUUAGUCAAGUCAGCAUUUCAAGGGUGCCGAUACGAAGACCAGAUACCGCGGAGCACAAGUACACCGACGGGAUGAUCGAUACCGACGCAAAUACGGUGGUAGUCGACAGUGUUGGCAUGAUCCUCUUCGCCGUCUACCAUGGAAUCAUUAUAAUAGUCCUUGUUAACAUGUUAAUUGCCAUGAUGAGUCACUCGUUUGAGAGCAUACAGGAGGACUGUGAUGUGGAGUGGAAAUUCGCCCGAACAAAACUUUGGCUCAACUACAUCGACAAUGGCUCUACGUUGCCAGCACCAUUCAAUAUUCUUCCUACUGCACACAGCUUGGCUCAGGGCUUUAACUUUCUCAAAAGAAUCUUUAAAAAUGACACAGUAGUUGUCACUGGAUACGUUAGAAGUACUCAUUUCAUUAAGACAAAGAGGGAGAAGGUUUGCAAAAACCGAGAUCUUGAGGUAGAAGAAACCUCGUAUGCGGAUAUUAUGCAACGACUGGUGAGGCGAUACCUCUUUAAAAGAGAACGUGCCAAGGAUGCAGAAGGUGAAAAACCAAAAGAAAGCUUGUAUCUUCGUGCCGACGAUCUGACAGCCGCAGAUAUGUAUGCAGCAGGCGAUCGUGGCAUGGAUUUUGCCGAUGCUGAAGAUGAUAUCCCACCUCUGGGUAUGACUCAAUCUCGAAGUACACCAGCCGGUAACCUCGGUGAUAGUCUCACACCAGGAGGAGGUAUAGCAGGAACGUCUGCACGUAGAUGUCGGCGCAGCGGUACCAAGCGGUGCUCCAUUGUCGGAGGAGCGGGAAUCCCCUUCGGUCUCAUGGCGCCAUUCAACAUCCAAUUGCCCCAAUUGGAUGGCAUUCAGCGGUCACAAAAAGUCCUUGAUAUGCGUCUUCAGAAUCUUCAGAGUCAAUCAGAGCAGUUGAAUAGCGCUGCGGGUAAUGCAAGGAUCAAAGAGGAGGUAAUUCAUGUCCGAUCGCUCAUCACGGAAAGCCAGAGAGCUCUCUCUUCCAUCAUUAAGGCUGUCUCACAAUUGCAAGAACAGGUGGUCCUACUAAAUGAAAAUAUGGAACAAUGGAUUAAAGCUCAAAUUGGGGAACCGAACAAACGCACUAUCCUGCUGGAGGAGCGGCGUCCAGCCGGCAGCUCAAAAAUGCGCGAGCGUCAUCGUUCGCGACGCCUGACCCAACGCUCUCCAACAGAGCGCGACAACAGCCUCAAUCCCUACGUCUAA